AAAUGUUUACAAAAUUACAUGAAAUUUCAUUUUUCACCUGAUUGUUGAUUUAGUUACUUAUUUAGUGUCUCUUUUUAGUUUUAAUAUUUAAUCAACUAUUGUGGCCAUUAUUUGAAGGGCCGUUUAUAUUAUAUCGGUGUUGGACGCAUGAAUAGACCUGCAAUUGGUUUCAAUCAGUUUUCCUGUUUCUUACCUCUAUAGCAACUCAUACUUAUUUCUGCCUUAAUUCAUCAUGUCCGAGAUAAUUCAGUGGUUCGAUAGUUUACCUAAAUUUACUAGGUAUUGGUUUGGAUUAUCGGUAGUUUUUCCCAUUGUUGGAAAAUUCGGUAUCUUCUCACCAAUGUCAGUUGUAUUGACACCCCAAUUUAUUAGUCAAUUUCAGAUUUGGAGGCCUUUUACUGCUACAUUUUACUAUCCAACGGGAUUUCAUUAUCUUAUGAACCUUUAUUUCCUUUACAACUAUUCGUUAAGACUGGAAACAGGCCCCGAAUUCGCUAGCAAACCAGCUGAAUAUCUAUUCUUGUUAAUUUUUAAUUGGUUUUGGGCAGUAGUAAUUGGCUAUUUAUUCAGCAUACCUCUUCUCAUGGACCCCAUGGUUCUCAGUGUGUUAUAUAUUUGGUGCCAAUUUAACAAGGAAACUGUAGUUUCCUUUUGGUUUGGCAUAAGAGUGAAAGCGAUGUACCUUCCGUUCGUUCUCCUUGGAUUUAAUGUCCUCAUGGGAGGAAGUGCUUACUUUGAAAUUCUUGGAAUCAUCAUUGGUCACUUGUACUACUUCACUAUGGUUAAAUAUCCAGCAGAGAACGGAGUUCAUUUAAUUUCACCACCGCAAAUACUCUAUGAUUAUUUCCCCAAUAUACAAGGAAGAGUUGGAGGGUUCACUUAUGUUCCACCAACCCAGCCUCAACCGACAUCAGAACGAAGACAUAACUGGGGUCGUGGAUUCACUCUCGGUGGAACUUAAUUUAAUGUGACCAUCUAAAGCAUUCAGCUUUUCUUAUGCUUUAUAUUUCUCUAUGUAUUUCUCACGCUUCAUUUGUGUAUAACUAAUCAAAAUAUAUAUUCUGAAGGCAAUUAGGUGUUUAAA